AUAUCAGCUGUCAAUUUUAUUAUUUGAAAAUGGCGGACGAUGCAUCGAGCAGUAGUGGCUGUGCCGGUAAUGUACCAGAUAAUUCGAUUAAUCAGGAUGAAUUGAUUAUGAAACAGCAACGAGAGAUAGAAAAAGAGAUUUCAGAGAGCAUUCCUUUAGUCGGGGAACUCGAGCCUUUGUCGUCUCUAGAAAAAGAGUAUAAUGAAGACCCCGUAUAUCUAUUAAAAGUAAAAGACUUAGCGGCCAAAUAUAAAUAUAUACGGAGAACGCGACCUGACGGUAACUGUUUCUUCCGGGCAUUUUCAUAUGCGUAUUUAGAACAUCUCCUGACGGACAAAGCGGAAUAUGAAAAAUUCCAUGAGCUAGCUAAGAAUUCGAAGGAUACUCUUGUCGCAUUAGGUUUCUCACAGUUUACAGUUGAAGAUUUUUAUGAGACGUUUAUGGAAGUGGUCCAACGAGUGGGUGAGCAAGCUGGUGGGCCCCCUGAAGAGCUGGAAAAGGCACGCACGGAGCUACACGACAAAUUUAACAAGCAGGGCUACUCUGACUACAUUGUGGUGUACCUUCGCCUUGUGACGUCUGGGGCACUGCAAACACAACAAGACUUUUAUCAAAAUUUCAUUGAGGGACCUAGGACAGUCACUGAAUUUUGUAGACAAGAGGUAGAGCCGAUGUACAAGGAGUCCGACCACAUCCACAUAAUCGCCCUGAGCGCCGCCCUCAACGCUGGCGUGCGCGUCAAGUACAUGGACCGUGGUACCAACAGCCAGGUGAUCGCGCAUGACUUCCCCGAGGGCUGCUCGCCGAAGGUGCAGCUGCUGUACCGGCCCGGCCACUACGACAUCCUCUACGCGUGAUGUGUGCUCCUCAAUAAACACCAUUCAUUACAAGUUAA